AUGAAUAAUCCAAAUCUUAAUAACGAAGCAACUAACGUUCAUCAUAAGAUCGCUAUUUGUUCAACUGAUCGCUGGUUUGGUAAUGUUAUCGCUAGAAGUCUUAUUUUGGACAGCGGUAAACGUAGUUCCAUCACGGUCCGUUGUUUGGCUCAAGAUGUCAAUAACAAACAUAUAAAGAAACUUGAGCGCCUAGGUGGUGAAAUUCAUAAAAUCGAUUAUGACCGUCCUGAAACAAUUAGAGAAGCUUUACAUGGUGUUUGUUACUUGAUCUUUAUUAGUGAAGCUGAUAAAAAUCGUGUCAAAGAAGCUAAGAUCAUGGCUGAUUCUGCCGCUAAUAAGGAUGUUGAUAAUGUGAUUAUCUUAUCGAUGGAAGGUGCCGAAGAUGGUGAUGGCAAGAUUUUGCACGAUUUUAAGGAAAUAGAAAGGGAAUUAGUUGAUCUAAUCAUUAUUCUUCUUCCUAGAAAUUCUUUCCUUCAACAAGCUUUCUUCCUUUGGUCUCCAAAUAUUGAAGAUAGAGGGGAAAUUAAUAUGACUCCUCGUGAAAGUAACGAAUGGGCUCCUCUUAAUAUCGACGACCUUAUUUGUGCGAUCGAAUGCUUAAUGAUGGCAGAUGGAAAGGUGGUAACCGAACUUAGCAAAAAACAUCGAGGCAAAACCUAUUGUUUAACUGGUCCUGAACUUAUAAGUGGCCGUAAAAUUGCUGAUACUAUUAAUCGUGUUAUUGAAGAAAAAGGUGAUGUCGAUUACCACACCUGUCUUGCUGAUUUCUUUAGAAAUACUCAACAAUCUUUGGAGAAUGGAAAAUCUAACUUUAUUGAAGGUGUCAAUAGACUUAUUUCUGCUACAACUUUAUUCGAAGAAGUUGAUCGUCAAACCUCCUGCAGAAAUCAAUAUGGAAAUCAAUAUGCUCCUAAUAGAAAUGCUCUUGCUUUGCAAGACAGAAUUACCGGUCAAAGCCGAUUCAAAGAUGUUCAAGAAGAAAGAUUUAAUAGGAACAUUGCGGCUUUUGUUAAUACAAUGCGAGAUAUCAUUGCGAGAUUGAAGAACAUUGAUAUUGAAAGAUUUGAAUUAGAUGCUCAAGAACGAUUAUUCAUUUUAUCCAACAUCAAGGAUGCCGUCGAGGUCAUAGAAAAUGUUCAGAGGAGUCUUGAUGUUGUUCCAUUCUUGCUCGAUGAACGUCGUCGUCGAGAUCGUCAUCCUAGACCUUUCUUACCUUUAUCCAAGUAUGAAAUUGAGUUGAUCCUUGAUGUAUUGGAUUAUGUCAAAGAAGGUAAAGCUGAUCGAGUAUCUGAUGAUUACAAGAGAAUUACCGGCAAAAAACCCACUCGAAUUAAGUCGUUCUUCGAAGACAAUGCUGAAUCAUUCCGCCCCGGUAGAAAUCAUCGUCUUCGCUCUUGCGAUUCGGACGAUAAUACCUUGAUUAUGGGCAGACCGACGAAAGAAGCACCACCUUAUUCGACGACACCAACGACGGAAAGAACCACCGAUACCAAAAAACAAGACGCGUACAUUACAUCU